AAGAAGAUGGUUCAAGCAUGAUCCUAUGCUUAGUUGCCAAAGCUCUAAUAAAAAAAUCAAUGUCAUUAUGAAAAUUGUUUGUUUACAUUUCUAAAGUUCGUAGCUACCUUAAUAGGUAUACACAUAAAUGAAAUAAAAAUUAUACAAAUGAAAUAAAAAAUAUUCUUAAAUAAUUUUAUACCUCAAUUUUCUAUUGGAAAUGGGUGAUCCUUAUAAUUCAAAUGUUCCGGAGCCUAAAAAAGUAGGUGUUUGGGCUGAAGGAACACAUAUCGAGGCGAAAGAGUAUGUGAUACCAAAAAAAUCACCAGAAUCCAGUGACGAUAUACCCACAAUACCAGAUUUAGAUGAUCUGCAAGAUAUAUUGGAAAAAGAAAUUUCUAUGCCAUCGACCACUGAUCGUAAAGAUAAAGAAACUGUGAAUGCCUUAACAGAAGUUGGGGGAGGGCUCAGCAGUUCAGCUGAAGGUGUGGAAGCAGCAUUGGAGGUGUUGAUGUCGUAUGUACCACAUGUGGAAUUGGAUACAGCAGAUGCUGUGUGGACUGUUGAUUCAUUGCUGACUCAGUUAGCUGACGAGAAUCAGGAAACUUCGUCUCAGUAGAUUAUGUUGGACCCAUACUACUGGCAAUAUGUGGUAUUUUUUUUAUGUAUAAAAAUGGAAUCGUAACCCCGCCUGCGCUAACGGAAUACACUGGCGGAGCACCAGUCAAGGGUGAUAGAUGAGAAUGAAAACAGGCCAGUUAGCCCAUCAUGAUGAAUUCAUCAAGAAUUAACCAUGAUAGUUUCCAGGGGGAACCGCAAGGAGGUCGACCUGGUUGGGUAUAUUGCUAACAAUGGGAUUCUCAGUCUCCAUUACUAACAAUCCCUUUCCCCCCAAUAUGUGGUAUUCACAAGGUGGACUCACAAACUGGUAGUAUAACAAAAAUUUAAAUAGCUAUGUAGAGGUCUAUUACUUUUAAUUUAUUUUAUAAAAAAAGCUAAUACAAGUAUACAAGUACUUAUAAAUUGCUAAAUUCAGUUCCGUCCAUACUUUUUAUUAUACAAUUGGGAAUGGUUUCUCACUUAAAUAUAAAGUAAUAAAUAUUUUUAAAUUACA